AAUGCAAUCUUAUUAAAAAAACAAAAACAGAUUCGCGGUUUCUAAAAACUAUUUGGAACCAAAUCAGAGACGUAUCGUAAACAGUGAGCUCGACUGGCGUGACUGGUUUGCUAAGCCGGCUGUUACCACCACGCCCCGCUCGCCUUAGUCGACGCGAUGGCUUUCCGCUCUCAACUCCUGCGCAUACUCUCAAAUGGAUCACAAACUCGGCAAUUACACCAGGCGAACCGAAAAGAGCGGGCAGGCGUGACCAAGUUACGUGAGGUCCUUGAAGAUAGGCUGCAGGAGAUCAAGCGAGCGAAGACGUGGAAACAUGAGCGAGUUCUUACUUCACCACAGGACACAAAGGUGAGAGUACAAGGAGCGGAGGGAGAGUUCCUGAACUUUUGUGCUAACAAUUACCUAGGGCUAUCGAAUCAUCCUGAAGUAGUGGAAGCAGCUCGGGAGGGCUUAAAGAAUUAUGGUGCCGGACUGAGCUCUGUCCGGUUCAUUUGUGGAACUCAGACUAUUCACAAGGAACUAGAAAAUCGCCUCGCCCAAUUUCACGGACGGGAAGAUGCUAUCCUAUACGGAUCGUGCUUUGACGCGAACGCUGGUCUCUUCGAGUCCAUGCUGACUCCCGAAGACGCGGUGUUCUCUGAUACGCUCAACCACGCCUCGAUCAUAGAUGGGGUGCGAUUGUGCAAAGCGCAGAAGUUCCGUUAUCCACAUAGAGAUCUUAACGAAUUAGAACACCUCCUAGCCCACAGCGAAGCCAGGCUUAAAUUGAUCGUAACUGAUGGUGUCUUUUCAAUGGACGGCACUGUGGCACCUAUUCAAGGGCUGAGGAACUUGGCUGAUAAGUACAGGGCGCUAUUAGCCGUGGACGACAGUCACGCUACUGGUUUCUUUGGUGAAACUGGGAGAGGAACGGAAGAAUACUGCGGUUUAAACGGUGCAGCAGACAUCAUUUGCUCCACCCUCGGCAAAGCGGUCAGCGGCGCUGCUGGGGGAUACACGACGGGGCCCAAGGAACUAGUUACACUGUUGAGAAACGUCUCCAGACCCUACCUGUUCUCCAACGCACCACCACCAGCGAUCGUCACGGCUUCUUUAAAGUCUCUUGACCUGGUGGAAAACAGCGGCGAGCUCCGUCAACGUCUGCGUGAGAAUACCCGUGUCUUCCGCGAGGGGAUGAAAGCUGCCGGACUCACUGUGGCGGGCGACGAACACCCGAUAUGUCCUGUGAUGGUGGGCGAGGCUCCAUUAGCUGUGGACCUAGCUGCUGGCAUGUUGGAGCGCGGAAUAUACGUAGUAGCGUUCAGCUACCCCGUAGUGCCGAAGGGAGGUGCGCGCGUGCGCGUACAACUGAGCGCGGCGCACACACUCGAUGACGUCAAUCGCGCCGUGCAAGCAUUUGCUGACGUGGCUAGGAACAUCGGACUUGUUAAGUCGUGAACAAAACGUUUUAAACAACAAACACACGUUUUAUUUUUGCAUAUCGCUGCAAGGUUUCUAUACCGUGCAAGUCGAAUUAGCAGUUUUUGGGCUCACAUUAAACAGCUUUUAACAUUUUACUAUUUUACUCAAAAGGCGCAUUAUAUACCCGUCUGUGAUGUUACGUUAAAGUAUUACUGAGAAAAUAAUUUUCUUAGUAAUACUUAGAAUAAUUAAUUGAUGAAUUUAAGAAUUACUUAUCCGUUUUUCGCAUAAUGUAAGAGAAUAUUUUUGUGCACUGAAAAUUUGAUAAUUUUUAGCUUAGCGACGAUAUAGGGUUGUUGACAACAUAACCUCGAUUUGUUGAUUGACCUAAGUUCUGUGACCUCGAUUCCUAAGAGAGAGGGUCGAGAAAAGCAAUAGGACAUUACUCCAUCCUCUAAGCUUUUAUUUUAUACUGAACCUAAAUAAUAUAUA